AUGACAGGGGACAGCUCGAGUGACGUGCUCGAUGUGGUUAAUCAGCUGCGUGCCAAGGAAAAUGAUCUCACAUUUGUUGCUUCUACAGUUGUGCCUGUGUUUAUGAGCAGCCGACAAAGAUUUGAGAAACUCCAACCAGAAAUUAUCGAAGCCAUCGUUAAUACACCAGUAUCUACCUAUACGGUUCCUUGGAUAUUUGCUCUUUGGGCUGUUUUGGAAAAUGAAUCACUAAGCUGGCGGUUUGUACAGCUGUUUCGACAGUUUAUGACGUCGUUCCGAGCAGAUCAUGCUCGAUUAGCAGGAUUCGCUUUGGCAGAGCUUCUUGAGAGAAUAGACUCCACAGGGUCUUCUGAAUAUAUCAGCCCACCAUAUGCCAUAGGUAUUGCUACUGGACUACGAAGAGGUGUGGGAAAACUGAAUCAUGAAGUACGUGGAGAGAGCGAUCAGAGACCACUCGAGCUCUCCAGACUCCACAGCAGUUUGGCAUACUGGUCUGUGAUAUCAAAGAGAUAUAUUUUUGCCAAAGAUAUGCUUGCUCCUACAAACAGGUAUGUUAGACCAGCCAAAGACUACCCGAUUUCUCAGAUUGAUGUACUCUUUUUCCACUACUAUUCGUCAAUUGUUCUAAUAGCCGAGAAACGGUAUUUCCAAGCUGCUCAAUACCUAACUGUGGUAUUGAAUGUUCCCACAGUAGAUGAGCGUAUAUCAAGCGAUUUAAAUCGAAUUCAGUGUGAUCUACGGAUCGCUUCAUACGCAAAAUGGGUCUGUAUUUCACUUCUGCAUUCCGGACAUGUGCCAUCAUUGUCGAAUCUCAUCUCCGACGAACUAGUACAAUCGAUUAGAAAACACUGCGAAGAGUACGAUACUCUAUCGACACUGCUAAGAGGCAACUUUCAUGAUAAGAAUAUGGCCACUAGUCUGGAGGCUAUCCAAGAAUACAUCAACACCCAAUCUGAUAAAUUCGCCAACGACGAUAACCUUGACCUCGUUCAACUAUGCUUCGAGAAAUACAAACGGGACUAUGUCAGGACGUUACAGACCAAAGUAUCUUCUAGCAUGAGUAUCGACUAUCUGGAUUCUCGAAUGGGUCCUUUGAAUCCAAGUCAGAAGCAGCAGCAUAAAGGGAAGCUCACAUUGAAUACUAGGACUGAUAGCAAUUGUGAUCAUAGUAAUGAGAGUCAUGAUAAUGACAACAGUGAUACCGGUGCUAAUAAUGUCAGCAACUCGAUUAACGAAUCUGUAUAUGACUACGUGAACAAUCUCAUUCUAAGUGGGCAGACUGACGGUGAAUAUAAGCUCUUAGACGCAGCAGACAAACCACCACAUCUCAUUUCAACUGAACCAACAUCUAAAGCGUUAUCCCAUAUGAACCAACACAUGUUGCAGAUGAUCGAUUCUAUUAUAAAUACUGCCCAAGAUCUGGACGCAACUAUGUAUGAUCUCGUAGCGUCUGGAAAGUUCAGGUCACUGCUCAGCAAAUUGUCCAGUAAGAGACCACAUCUAGCUUCAGUUUACGCUGAAUUUAACGAAGAAUCUCUCGGAGAUGGUUAUGGUGGUCUUCCUUCUCAGUUCGGUCUGGCGGCCAGAGGCAGCGGUCAAAUCAACAUCCCCGGUUUAGAAGCUGCUAUGUUUGGUCGACGACGACCAGACUCGAUGAACCAGAUCCAGAUUUCCUCUGGCACAGGUCGUCGCAGGGGUCCUGGUACCAUCAAAUCCUCAGCACGGCGUAGACAAGCUGCUCCCCGGAUGCGCCAAGGUUCCAAUCACAGAUCACGCCAUGAAUCAACAGGCUCUGCUUCGUCAUCUGAAGAUGCUUACGAUCCUAUGGAACGUGACUCGGAGAACGAUGAUUCGACAGAGAGCUAG